AUGGCUGCCGACGAGGAGGGGCAAAGGAUCCUCGAGGUUUUCAAGCAGUUCGACACCAACAAAGAUGGGGUCAUCUCUCGAGAGGAGCUUUGGCAACUUCUCGAGAAGUUGAGCCCCGGCGCCUUCGACAGCGCGUCCUUUGACGCGAUGAUCAGCAGCAUCGACAGCAACAAUGACAAAGCCGCAACCGGCAAGGCUUUGCCCAAGGGCCCACUCCCCCGCCUCGACGCGAUCAUCCGCAUGUCGCCUCACCUCUCUGGCAACAGCACCUACAAAGAGGCCAGGACGGCGCUGGACAAAGGCGAAGAGGACAGUGCCUUUUUGUUGUCAGACAAAUUGCUGAUCCAGCUGGAGAGCGAUGCGAACCGGAUAGAUGCUGCUUUCGUCCAGUUCGAUUACAGCUGCACUGGCUUUUUGGACAAUUCCGAAGUCAAUGCGAUGUUUCACUACCUGGGCUUUCCGGACCCUUCCGAGGAUGCAGAAGUCCAAGAUCUGGUGAAGAAGCUCGACAAGAACGGCACAGGGAAAGUCGAGAAGGAGGAGUUCAAGCAUUUCGUGGAAGAGUUUGGUGGCUGCGACCUCCUGUUCGAACGACGGCGCGCGAAGACUCUGCGGGACCGUUCGGGCUCCUCGGCCUCCAUGGACCGCAGCAGAGAAGAAAUCCAGGAUCACAUGAUGUUUGCUGGAAUUCAUCCUGACGCCCAAGCCUACUGGGAGCUGGUCCUGCCACCUUCGGAGAUCGAGAAUGUUUGCCUCCUGACAGACUGUCAAAAGCGGGCCGUGUCGAACAUCCGGCAGAUUGCCAAGGUGAAUCAUCAGCAGGCUCUGCCAGUUCUGCAAAGACGUGUGAGCAAAUUGGGCUACAAAGACAUGGACUUGUGGACGACUCUGUCGUGGGUCCGCGACUUCGCGCCGUUGAUUGUCCACAUCCACUUCGACCGGAUGUGGCAGUUCAUCAUAGAGGACACCCACUAUCGGUCCCAGUUCGAAACUGGGAAGUCCUGUGGUCUUAACAACCGGGAGGUCCGUGACCGCUGGGAGCGCGACCUUUUUCAAGGCGCUUACAGUGGCUGCCGCGACUUCGAGCGGCCCAAGUAUGGAGUCCUCAACGUGCACAACGAUUAUCGUGGAGUCGUCCGAGCCAAACAGUACGGAGACUGCUACAUUGUUUUGAAGGACGUGCGCCUUCGCACAACUUUCUCUCCUGAGGACUCCGCCAACCUAAAGGCAGAGCGAUUGGCCUGUUUGGACUACUACGCUCAUGUCCUCAACGAGUACACAGACAACGAGCUGGAGGAGACCCUCAAGGUGGCCACGACUGGCAAGCUGGGCAGUUCAGAAUCCAUUGUGGCCAAGGGCCUCAAGUACAAAGAGGCUCAGUACCACGGAGAGAUCGCCUGGGCGCGCCACGUCGAGCGCUUGGUGCUCCCCAAGGGCGAAAAGUACGACAACGCGGAGAUGGUAGCCCACAUCAAGGCGGCCUGUGACAAAAAUGGCUGGGAGUGGUGUUGGGAUGUGGACGAAAAAGCACGAAGAGAGAAGCUGGAGGCAGAAGAAGCUUCAGACGACAAGAUCAGUGCCUGGAAGGCGAAGUUGAAGGCCAUGGCCGAAGGACCUUCCGAAGGCGUCAAAGUCCCUGCAGGCCUCUGCGUCAGGGGCUGCGGCAAGCCAGUGGCACCGGGGCUGACGAAGCACGGCAACCCCUACAAGACCUGCUGCCGAGGAUGCGCUCUGGGUUUCGGACAUGAUCUCCGGUGCGGCCUCAAGGACGGUGAGCGCCCUCCCUGCAAGAUGGGAUGUGGCAUGCUUGCAGCCCCAGGCAAGACUGCCAAGGGCCGCCCACUGGACACCUGCUGCCGGAAGUGUGCCAAAGCAGAGGAUGGCGAGACCGACCGCCACGAUGCGCGCUGCAGACAGGAUCCGGUCCCGCUACACUGCACACCGGCCCGGUAA